AUGCACAUAUUUGGGGUUCCUGUUUGUGCUAUCACUAAUCCUGAAAAACAAUCAAAGUCUAAGAAGCUUGUGCUAAAAGUCGUUAUUCCAGUGAAAGGAAGGUCCAAAGAUGUAGAAAAGGUAAUAGAGAUCAGGACUUAUCAAUUAGUUUCUUAUCACGAGAUUCAACGAGCCACAAACAAUUUUAAUGGAUCAAAUUUAAUUGGUGUGGGAAGUUCUGGCUAUGUGUACAAAGGUGCGUUAUUUGGUGGAACUGUGGUGGCAAUAAAGGUUCUAAAUUUGCAAGAUGAGGAACUAUACAAAAGGUUUGAUACAGAAUGUGGAGUGAUGAGAAACAUUAGGCAUAGAAAUCUUGUAACAGUGAUUACUUCUUGCUCUAGUGAACACAUAAGAGCAAUUGUUCUGGAAUAUAUGCCAAAUGGAAGUCUUGAUAAUUUGUUGCACAGAGAAGAAUGCCACUUGAACCUUCUGAAAAGAGUCACCAUAAUGCUUGACGUGGCUAUGGCAAUUGAAUAUCUACAUCAUGGCCAUGACACUCCGAUAGUUCAUUGCGACCCAAAGCCGGCCAACGUUCUUUUGGAUGACGCUAUGGUGGCUCACGUUGGUGAUUUCGGCAUCUCUAAGAUAUUGGUUGUAAGCAACUCAAUGACACAUACCGAGACAUUAGGCACUCUUGGUUACAUUGCACCAGUUUUCCCUUCAGAAGAGUAUGAGGUAGGGGUAGGUGUGAGGAUGCUGAUACAUUGCUAA